UGCGCAGCAGAAGAACUUGUGAUUGAUAAAAUAGUGAUUGAAGAAUGUGAUGGCAAAAGAAGAAACCAAUUCAUAGAUAUUAGGUGUGUUAAAAAUGAAUUGACGAUGAAUAAUGGCAAAAGAAAAAAGAAUAAAAUCAUUAGUAAGAUGAAUGAAAAGAAUGCUAAUAGAAAAGGACCUGAUGAAAAGUACAUAUAUCUGAUAUUCAAAUGGUAG